AUGGCGUCUCGUUCUCCGAAGUCAUCGCGCUCUCCCAUGUCAUCUCGCUCUCCGUCUUCCACGUCGUCUUCGUCGAAGACACCUUCGAUGGCGAAAAGGCUGCUCCAGGACGACCCCAACCUUGCUCGGAGGCUCCGCGUCCACUUUAACUGGGAGGCGGUCUUCGUUAAGUUCACUCCCUUCGCGGUCGCUCUAGCCGCCGGAAACUUGAGCAUCGACGCGUUCCGGCAUUUCGUUGCCCAGGGCAAGUACUUUCUCGAAGCGUACGCUCUAGCAUAUGGAUCCGCAGCGAAUGGUACGGACGAUGAAUAUGCAAAUGGCGCAUUGUGGGAGUUAAGGAAGAUCGUCCUGAAGGAGAUGAUAAAGCAUGACUUAUUCGUGCAGGAAUGGGGUUUGGACAUUACCAAAGACGCCACACCUGAUCCUGCAACGGCAAAUUGUACUGAAUUUUUACUGGCGACGGCUUCUGGUAAAGUUGAUGGAACAAAAGGUGUUGUUAGACUGACAACUCCGUUCGAGCAGACAGUCGGUGCAAUUUACACUAUUGGUGCCCUAACACCUUGCGUUCAACUAUACCCUUUUAUGGCUGCGGAGCUCCGGAUGUUGCCAGGUCUUAGGGAAGAUAGUCACCCUUACAAGAAGUGGAUCAAAAUGUAUACAUCUGAUAGUAACCAGGAACUGGCCGUGAAAACUGAAGAGUUGCUGGAGCAACUCUCUGUCAUCUUGACAGGAUAUGAGAUCGGUGUUCUUUACAACUUGUAUCAUCAAGCAAUGAUACUUGAAAUCGACUUCUUCAAUUCCCAACCAUUUGCUCAGCCCACAGUAGUUCCUGUGAUAAAGGGACUCAGCUCUGCAGAAGAUCGGUUGUUGCUUCUUUCUGAUUUUGAUCUGACUUGCACAGUUCAUGAUUCAUCAGCAAUUUUGGCAGAGAUGGCCCUAGUAACUGCUCCAAAAUCUGAUGGUAGUCCAUCUAGAUCUGAUUGUAGUCCAUCCAAGAGUCCUCUUGCUCGGAUGUCGUCGGGUGACCUACGAAAUGGAUGGGAGAAAAUCUCCAGGCAGUACACACAAGAAUAUGAAGAAUGCAUCAAAAGCAUCAUUUCCGCUGAAAAAGUGGAAUUUAAUCACAGUUCGCUGGUCCAAGCGCUCGAGCAAGUGGCAGAUUUCGAGAAAAGGGCGAAUUCCAGAGUUAUUGAAUCUGGGGUUCUUAAAGGUUUGAAACUUGAGGACAUAAUAAAAGCUGGUCAAAGCCUCGUUCUUCAGGACGGUUGCAUUAGUUUCUAUCAUAAACUCACCGAGAUUAAUGUGGAUGUCAACGUUCAAAUGCUAUCGUACUGCUGGUGCGUGGGUUUCGACCAUUCAAAUGUCCAUGCGAACGAGUUGAUAUUCAACGAGGAGCUUCUGUGCACUGGAGAGAUGGUUCGGAAGGUUGAGUCCCCCAUCGAGAAGCUCCAAAUAUACAACCACAUCUUGAAGAACGACGCAAACGACGCCGACGACCAAAACAAGUUAACCGUCUACGUGGGCGACUGUGUGGGGGACCUACUGUGCCUGCUCGAAGCCGACAUAGGGAUAGUGAUAGGGUCAAGCGAAAGCUUAAGGAAGGUGGGGAGCCAAUUCGGAGUGACUUUCGUCCCGCUCUUUGCCGCCACGGUCAAGAAGCAGAAAGAGCUCGACGACGGUGGCUCCGUGAGCUGGAAGGGAGCGAGGUCAGGAGUACUUUACACGGUGUCGUGCUGGGCGGAGAUCCAUGCUUUCUUGCUGGGGUGGUAA